AGUAGAUCAAAAGACAAACAAACAUAAAUUCUUUUAAAAAUUUCGGCAUUAUUUUUCCAAUAUUUAAUAAGAAUCUACAUUAAUUUUAUAUGAAAUUCCGGGCAUAGUAUGAAAAGAACGAGGCAAAGUGAAAAGAAAGACGAGGAAAGCAUAAAAAAAAAAGUUGAAUUUCUUCGUGUCAUUGAUUUGCAUUCAAUACUAGCUCUCUAUAAAUAUCCCAAAAAUUCAAGAAAGGAUGCUUUACAGGCACGACUUUUACAAUUGUUGAAAGGAAGAGAAAUUAGUGAGACUCAAAAGCAGGAAAUAAGGAAACAAAUCGAAAAAUCGUUUGAUAAAAUCUCUCCUAUAAAUUAUUUUAGACAAGCACUUGCACGCUCAAGAUCAAAGACACCGGAAAGGAACGAAGUUUCCAAUAUGUAUGGUCAACAGCAGUUCAAUACUAAUCCACUUGCACCACACAAUGUUGCACCAUUUAUUACAUCAGGAUUUCCAAUACAACCAGAUGUAAAACUUAAGAGAUUAGCUUUCUAUGAUGUUCUUGGAACACUUCUGCAACCAUCAACAUUGAUGCCAGCUAGUCAGGCUAGGCAACAAGAGGGAACUUACUACUUCCACCUGACUCCUCAACAGGCUACAGAUAUUGCUAUGAAUCGAGAUGUUCGUAAUCCAGCCAAGCCAGAAUAUUUAAUCCAAGUUCAACUACGGUUUUGUAUGCUAGAAACGACUUCAGAACAGGAAGACAGCUUUCCACCUAAUGUUCAAGUUAAGGUCAAUGGAAAAUUAUGUCAAUUGCCGAAUCCAAUCGCAACAAACAAACCUGGAGUUGAGCCAAGACGACCACCUAGGCCUGUUAAUAUUACACCACAUGUGAAAAUAUCUCCAACAGUUGCUAAUGUAAUUCAUGUUCAGUGGCAGACAGAGUUUAACAGAGCUUUUGUCAUAUCUUGUUAUUUAGUUCGGAAACUGACAUCAGACUGCUUGCUUCAACGUAUGAAAACAAAAGGAAGCAAACCAUCAGAAUACACUCGUGGAUUAAUAAAAGAAAAGUUAAAGGAGGAUGCAGACUGUGAAAUUGCAACAACAAUGCUUCGAGUCUCUCUAAUAUGUCCACUGGGGAAAAUGAGGAUGACAACACCUUGUCGUGCUUCAACGUGUAUGCAUCUUCAAUGCUUUGAUGCAUCACUUUACCUACAAAUGAAUGAACGCAAGCCAACAUGGAACUGUCCAGUUUGUGACAAACCAGCACUGUAUGAGAAUCUUGUAAUCGAUGGAUAUUUUCAAGAAGUCAUUGGCUCUCAAAAGCUUGGUCUUGAUGAUAAUGAAAUUCAGCUUCACAAAGAUGGAGAAUGGAGCACAUUAGACACAAAAGAGGAAGCUAAAGAACAAAUUAAAAGUGUCCAGAAAGUUGAAAUUAUUUCCGAUGAUUUGGAAGUUGUGACUGAAGAACUACCAAAUUCAAAAUUAUCAGGAUCAACAGGAGCUACUAAACCUAAUGCUGAUACUGUUGAUUUGACACUUGAUAGUGACGAAGACAAAUGAAAUGAAGAGAAAAUUUAAAUUAUUUUUUUCAAAUAUUAACAAAAAUUGGACAUAAAAUUGCGAAAAAAUUGUUUUCGAAUCACAAAAUUAGUUGAAUUAUUUAAUCUGUAAAAUUAAAAUUUGAC